CGGGUGCGGUUUUGAUAGAUAGGACAAUCCACCAAUGGUGAGCGGAACCCGGACGUCGCCGUAUCUGCCCUUACGGAUGCUUCGUUGUAGGAAGUAAAGGCUGUCAAAUAUGAGUUUCAACUACGGUCAGGGCUAUCCAGUUGGAGUUAACCAGCCACCGGGUGCGCCAUACGGUGCAGGCAGAGGUUCCUAUGGGCCUCCCCCAUCAACUCCUUACGGAGGUGCUGGAGGUCAACCAGGAGGCCCCUAUGGUGGUUAUGGAGUUCCAGGUCACGGAGGGCAAUAUGGGCCAGGGCCAGGUGGUGCCCCUGGUGGGCCUUAUGGGGCUUAUGGUGGACAACCGUAUGGGGGACCUAAUGCAAACUAUGGUCCUGCAGGUAACAUCCCUCCCGGUGUUAACCCAGAGGCGUACCAGUGGUUCCAGACUGUUGACACUGAUCGCAGUGGCUUCAUCAACCUAAAGGAGCUCAAGCAGGCACUUGUCAACUCUAACUGGUCUUCUUUUAAUGACGAGACUUGCCUCAUGAUGAUCAACAUGUUUGACAAGACGCGGUCUGGUCGAAUGGACCUUUUUGGCUUCUCAGCACUGUGGGACUUUAUGCAGAGGUGGAGAGCAAUGUUUCAGCAGUAUGACAGAGAUCGCUCAGGAUGUAUCAGUGGCAUGGAGCUACAACAAGCGCUUGCUCAGAUGGGUUACAACCUCAGCCCCCAGUUUUCAGAGACGCUGGUCCAGCGCUUCACCGUGCGAGGUGCUCGACCCGGCAUACAGCUGGACCGUUUCAUCCACGUGUGCACGCAGCUCCAGAGCAUGACUCAAGUGUUUCGGGAGAGAGACACGAGCAUGACAGGCAACAUCCGCCUCAGCUAUGAGGACUUUCUGUCUGGUGCUGUCACCAGGCUCAUGUGAGCCCCGUUCCACCGAAUGCCCCUCUGCACAGCAUCACUCCAUGUUCAGGUCACAGUCGCUCCCUUUUCGCCAUAAGUGCCCCAACAUGCUGCUAUGUAUACAUCAUGCCAGUCCAUGUUGUUGCGUGGCUUAUUGCUGUAAAUAGACAAAGCUCAGCAACAUAUACCUGAAUAAAGUCCAGUGGGUCUUUUAAAUGGAGCUAAAGGUUUCACAGGUUAGCUUAUAGGAUGGCGCUUCAUCAUAUUUAUACUGUUAAAAUGUUGGAUGUUCAUAUUAAAAAUGGCCAAAGCUAAAAAAAAAAAAGAAAGAAAAAAAAAGUUAGGUCAACAUAUAUGCAAGGAGACUCUGAGCCAAAGCCUCUGGCUUCAAAAUGCUCUAAUAACUUCAUUUCAAUCAUUUCUUUAACAUUUACCUGUGUGAUGUCAAUCAAAGUGCACACCCCUAAUAUGGUCAUGUCAUGCGCACAGAAUGGUCACACACGCUUUUUUCAAAUCAUCCUGAUUGGCAAGCCAAUCAGAAGAAAGGUUGGGGUGAAGGGACGUGAAGCAGCUUGUUUCAGGCAGCGUAUGAAGCAAGAUGCAUUAUAAAAUAAAUAAAGAUUGUUUUAAAAUGCGAUUCAUGCACAGUCACUCCAAAGUAACCCAGAGUCCAAGAAUUAGAAAGUAGUAAUGCAAUGAGGAUAAUAUCGCCCCUUUAAAUUUUACUGGGAAGUCAGCAGGAUGCCAAAACGGUUUACCUUGGUUACCUUGGUGACAUGUGAGAAGUGUUUACUCAUACUUUUUCCUGUGAAUUUGCACGCAAGCAGCAUUAUUGUAUUCCUGUGCCAUAAAACUAUUCAGAUGCCUUUUAAAUUUAUGCACAUCAAGGGUAUUUCCAGAAGGUACUCACUUGCAGUAAAUGUACAUGAUAUUGCAUAUUACGUCAAUAUAAAGUCUGUUAGGAAAUCUAUAUAAGAACUACUUCUACUAAAAAGUAAAAUAGUUUGAAUCUGUCGUUAUUUUUAAGUGCUUGCACUCUUGUAAUCCUGGAAAAAACUGACCAAAGAUAAGAUGGAUAAAAUUGUGCCUCACUGCUUG